CAAAACUACCUAUAAAGUAUAUGUUAAGAUUAAGAUGGACAAUAAUUUGAGGCUAAACUGUGUUGCUCUCAAGAUGUUUUAGUAUAUCUGAUUAUGUGACUUCAUGUGCUUCCAUUUCCCUGCACGGGAUGAAUAGACAUUGUAUUAUUUUAUUACUAUACAAUACAACAAAAACAAUAAUUAAUAAAUUAAUUAAAAAAAAUAAUAAAAAAAAUAAUAAAAACACUGAACGUUUCAAAAUGUUUUUGAAACAUCAGUGGGUUCUGGAGAAGGAUGUUAAUAGAAAUAAAGAACAGAAUAUCAUUUUUGAGCGUGGGUGGGAUACUUUGAGUCAGGGUGAGGAUUGGAGUUAAACAAAAUUAGUAAAUAAAUAAUGUCGAUAAAGGUCAACUAAAGAGAUGUAAACAUUACCUUUUGUCUGUAUAAUAGAAUAGAUAAUUGUUUAAGCGAAUGUGUCUAAGUGGAUAUGUACAUGAAUGCACGUGUAGAUAUAGACAUAUGUAUAUACUGUAUGUAUACUGUAUAUAUAUAUAUAUAUACAUAUAUAUAUGAGGUUGGUUGUAUGUAUAUGAACUUAUCCUUUGACACUGCACUAUAACAACGGGUAGUACUUUUCUUUUGCUUAUGUUUUUGUUUGUUGUUGUUUAUAUAUGUUGUUGCUGCUGUCUGUAUGCCCCUUUACAAGUAUGUGUAUGUAUUCCUUUAACCUUAAAUAAAAAAUAAAAAAUAAGAAAAAAAACAAUAAUUCCUAAAUUAACAGCCUAUUUUAGGUUGCAAUAUUCACAACAUGCAAUAAAAUGUGAUUUAAAAGAUUAAAACAGUGUACAAAGUGGCAUGGACUGUAUGUUCUUCUGGGGGCACUUCCUCAAACACAAGGGGGGUCUUUAUACAUAGCCUAAAUGCAGGGGGUGGGGGUGUUUGGGGACCACGUGACCUCGCCCAUACAGGAUGUCCCACACAGUCAGCUCGCUCGCGCAGUGCCAUCCAGGACCAGCACGCGGGGGAAAGUUUUUAGAAGAAGUUUGGAAACACAAAAGUAUUUUUUUUUAGUCAAAUUAGUGCUUCAAUCUGUCGGGUUGCGGAGAGAUUCUAAAAAUUACCUCUAAAGGCACAGAGUUCAUUUUUAUUUAAAGACAUCAUUGAAGUAACCAAAUAAAGCGUCCGUUUCCUUUAAUGCUUUAAUGUUGCUGCAAGACGUCCGUUCCUCCGCGCUGCCUCUCAUUCAUCCUGCAGAGGAGGAGAGGAGUCCGCGUCCGAGGAUACAAUGAAGCAGUGUGUCCAUGUCCGACACAAUGCAGCAAGAUGCUACGAGAGGGACGACACUGGUUCUCACAAGAUCAGGGGAAAGCUGUUUUGCUCGAUUGCAGAGGGAGACCAGCUAAAGAAUGAAGCUUUAGCCUCUGCAUGACAAGCUAUGACCAGCACACAGACUAGACUCUAGACGUCCAGUUACAAAGCCAGGACUCAAGCAUGAAGACCAAAUAUGCAAUUGUCUUCAUCUGCAUCGUGGCCCUGGUCAUCAUCGAAAAGGAAAGCAACAUCCUAUCAAGGGUCUCCGAUAAGCUGAUCCAGAGGCAGAUUCCACUGCAGACCCCACAGACUCCACUGGAUUACAGCAACAUAACUCAAAAUGGCUCCUUGGCAAUGCUCAAGAUGCUGCUCUCUAAACUCACCGGUACAAAAGGGAAUUACUCAAGUCUCUCUGAGGAGCAAGAAGAGGAUGAACUAGAUGACUUAGGCACGUACAGUUUCAGCGGUGGCCGUAAACACAUAUUACUAAUGGCUACCACGCGAACAGGUUCCUCAUUUGUGGGGGAAUUUUUCAACCAGCACGGGGAGAACAUGUUCUACCUGUUUGAGCCUUUGUGGCACGUCGAGCGCAUGCUGACCAUGGCUUCGGAGGCAAACAACGGGACAGUGUUGGCAGGAAUCUACCGGGAUGUACUCCAGGCGCUCUUUGUGUGUGAUUUCUCUCCCCUUGAGAAGUUCAUCUCUCCCCUACCUCAGGACCACGUCACCCCGGCUCUUUUCCGCAGAGAGUCUAGUUUAUCGCUCUGUGAAGAAUCUGUCUGCAGUCCUGUAAUCAAAGACGUUUUUGAAAGGUAUCACUGUAAGACCCGUCGCUGUGGCCCGCUGAACUUGACCCUUGCAUCCGAAUCCUGCCUUUCCAAGCAACACCACGCCAUCAAGACUGUCCGUGUGCGUCAGCUGGACACGUUGCAGCCUAUGUUGGAGGAUCCUCGCCUGGACGUGAGAGUGAUCCAGCUGGUCCGAGAUCCACGGGCCAUCUUGGCAUCCCGCAUGGUGGCUUUCUCUUCGAAGUACCAGACGUGGAAGACCUGGGCACAGGACGGCCAGGUGCCCGAAGACGACGAGGAGGUGAAGAGGCUCAAAGGGAACUGCGACCAGAUUAGGACGUCCGCAGAGGUGGGACUAAGCCAACCUCGCUGGCUGAGGAGACGCUACAUGUUGGUGCGUUACGAGGAUAUCGCCCGCUACCCCAUGCAGAAGGCGGAGGAGAUGUACAGGUUCACAGGGAUACCGUUUAGUCCACAGGCCAAGGAGUGGAUUCUGAGGAACACUCAGACCAUGCGGGAAGCAAGCGGGAUUUACUCAACCCAGAAGAACUCUUCAGAGCAGGCAGAGAAAUGGAGAUUUAGUAUUCCCUUCACACUGGCUCAGGUAGUGCAGAGAGUGUGCGGUCCUACCAUGAAGCUGUUUGGGUACAGAUUUGUGGACGAUGAAAAGACACUGAUCAAUAAGUCCAUAAGUUUGCUUGAAGAGAAACUAUUUUAUUAAUCGAGAGGUCAAAAAUGUAGCUGUGAAUCUGCGAAACGCUGCACGCAAUGGCCAGGAGAAGCCAUUAUUGCACAGACCAAAACUAGUACGCAAAGGUGCCAUAAAAGAUAAAAAAAUAUAUUUUACUGGUGACAGUAAGAUUUGGGCCAUACAAUAAUAUCCAUACUCACCAAUGAUGUGCCUCAUUGUGACAAAUGAAGAGCCACUCGAGAAAGAGAAGUAUUUAUUUGCAUACUGCGUUCACGGAGAAGCCUGGCAUUUAAGCUUUAUGUGGCGCUUUGUAUUUCAUUUCAAAUGAAAUAAGCAUAGAUGUCAAGCCAGACUUGAGAAGAUAUUAUGUAAGAUUUUAUUGAUAGCUUAUCAUGUUUAGACAUUCAGGGAUAAACUUCAGUGAAAGUGAUGUGUGUUUUGUUUGUCUGUGUGUGUGUUUCUGGAAGAGAAGAUGUUUCUGUUCAUAGAGUUUAUGACGCUAGUGCUCAAUUCGGCCUAGUUCAACCUGUAUUUUGAUAGAUCUGUACUCAACUUGACAAAUGAUAGAUUAGACCUGAUGUGCUUUUCAUAGGGCUUUACAACUCAGGUGAUGUGAAUGUGGCAUUGCAUUUUGCGAUGUCUUCAUGAGGAGUAUUCAUAUCUCCACAAAAGCACUCUCUGUGAAAAUACAGAAUUAUCUUUGAUGAAUUUAACCAAAUGUCAUUUAAAGCAAUUCUCAAUAUACCAUAAAAAAGAGAAUGGAGUGCUGCAGGGAUGAUGUAUUUUUGUAGGCCAACCCGGAAGCUAGAAUCGCCCUGGGUGCCCUCGACAAAAAUCCAAUGGGAUUUUUCCAUUGGAUUUUGGAUAUUGCAUAAAAUAACCUCUGCGGCAAAAAAAACAGUUAUGAUACCUGCACAUUUUGUUCUGUAAAAUAAUCUCUACAAAUCUAUGAUUUUUGAAUGCAAUUGCCAGAAGUAAAAAGUUAACUUUAGGCUAUAAACGAACUACACCACGGUCGCAUGAGGAAAUGUAUACACAAAAGCGGACGAGUCAGUGUGAUGAUGUUUUGCAGGCUCAUUAACUUGUUAGCAACCGUCUUUUUUAACACAACACAAACAAGCUUCAAAAUUCACGAGUGUUUAUCAAUUCAUUCAAUUUAUCUAACCAAAAACCAUUCAAAAAAAACAUUGACUUUGAGACAAGGGAACUGGAAGUGCUAAAAUGCUAACUCAUUUCUGGGUUUUAGGACUCAUUCCUGCAUCACUCUAUUACGAUGGAUAUACAAUACUCAUGAGGUUACUGUACAUAACAUGAGUAGCUACAGAAGAAUUGUAUCUUACUUCAGAUACCUCCAUGUGUCUUCAACAUCUCCCUUUUCCCAAUAGCCAGUAGCCAAUGCGCUGCCUCCUCACCUCUAAUGAAACGACAGUUUGGGUGUUAUUUUACAUAAGCGGCUUCUAUACACUGAUAACCUGUGUGUUCAUGGGCACACAAACAACAUUCUUGUGCAAGAAGUUGUUUUAAAUCGCUUCCAAAGUACAAAAGCACCAGAAAUAUUAAAACCUGACAAUUCUAAAUACUCGCCCUUUAAAAGUUAUUAGUCGUGAGAUUCGUGUAUGUUGAUGCUUUUGGUGACAACUAAUAUAGAAGAUGUUCGUAUGUAGCUGUAUUAAUGUGGCCUAUCACUUUAAGUGAAACCCAGGUGCUGUUGCAUUAACUGUCACUCUUGAUGGUAUAUAAAGGUAUCCACUGUGGCUCUAGUUCAAUGGUAGCAUUGUGUUCAGCUUGGCGGAGGCACAGCUGAGACUGCCACGCUGUUCAUGGAAAGGGAUAUGCUUUAGAGGUACAUAUAGUAGGGGCGCUUAUACUUAGUGUUUAAAACAUAAAUAUGACUACAUUAUGACUGGCAGGCUUGGCGUUGCCCAGACUCACUACUGAAGUAUUUAAGCCAAAAAAAAGGGAAUACUGUGAAAUACCAAGUGCAGCUGAAAGAAUGGGUGUAGUCAGUUCAUGCAUUCAGCUAAUUCAGAUACCCAGAGUGGCAAUACCUUACAUAAAGAUAUGCGUUUGCCUAUAAAAUGUUGGUGGUUCAACCUUCGUAGAGAACUGAUGCUUUGGUCAACUUGAAUGAAAUGUUUUCAUGGUGGAAAAAAAAGUCCAAAACAUCAAUAGCAGAGCUGUUUUAAAGUAGUUUGUCAAAGCGAGUCUUAAUUCAAGCCUCAGUUUCUUCUUCACAACUCUUCAUCAGCUAAUGCAAGUUAGUUGCAAGUCUUUCAGGUCUCUGAAUGGAAAAAUCAAAAUGCCAUGGUACUUAAACCUUUUUCUUCCAAAGCUCUUUUAAUGGUGAUUUUUUUGCAAAGCUGACUGAGAGACCAAGUCCUAUCAACGCUUAGCCUCUUCAUGUGGUGUGGCUAUGCAAGGUUGAUUUUACCAAGUCAAAACCUGAGACAUUAAUAUUUUGCUUUCAAGUCUUCAGGGAGUCACGUCUCAAGUCCUAAUUUUUGUGACUUAAAUCCAACUUGAGUAAGUCUACAGCUCUGGUAAACAGAAGUGGUUUCAUAGGUUGUCAAAGUUCUGAGUUUCUUCAAUAACUUGCUGUAUUACAACUAAGUUAGUCAUAUUCUUGCUACUCUCGCAGAAGAAACCAAGGGUCAAAGCACGGAUGAAACGCUCAAGCAACUAGAAAUGUAUCACACACAUGUAAAUGUUAGAGUUUCUUCUAUUGAAAUAAUUAAAAUGAUUUUAUUGUUCUAAAAUGGU